CGCUGAAAUGUAAAAUGUUGUGCACCGAGCAACUUACAGCCAAACUUUGUCCGGUUUUUUACUCAGUCCGACUUGCACAUAAAACAAACACUUGUUUCCCAUUUUUUCCAGCAGAUUACGAAAAUUUUAGACAUGUUCUUAGCAUGAAAAAUGAUGACUUACCGUUGUCCUUCAACAUGGCGAACACAGAAACGAAUGUUUGCUACAAAAUCCUUUGUGCAGGAUAUUGUUUACUCGUUGUCAUGCAAGAAAAUGUCUUUUCAAGAUGCACAAUGACCAAAGAAUAUUUUUCUAUAAGCCAUUUACCUAAUUUUUUUCUCACCGUACAAAACGAGUGUAUUUUACUCUGUCUGAAUGGCAUGUCCAAGGCGGCCAUCCCGGGAAGUAAUACGGUGCACUUUUUCGGUGCACUAGUGCACCAAAGUGCACUUUUUCGGUGCACUGGUGCACCAAAGUGCACUGUCAUUAGUAUUUCGGUGCACUAGUGCACCGAAUACUAAAUAGCAAGUGCGCUAUAGUGCACCUUGGUUCACCAUUUCGUACAACACAUUUUCGACUUGUUUACUAGAAAUACGUAAAUUGCAGGACCUCGCGAAGGACUUCGGGCUAUAUAAAGAAACAUAACAAAACUGCAAUAACUAAAAAGAAACCUAAACGAAAAGAAAUAGAAAAAAAAGGCAAAGAAGCGAAGAGAAAAAGUUGUUCUCGGCGGAUUCGAACUCGGUACCUUCGGCGCGCCGGGCCUGCUUUCGUUACCACUAGGCCACGUGGAACACACAAAUGCAGAUGUUGAAAAUAUAUUAUUAAACCCUUUCCCCUACAACUUCCGCCAGCGCUACCUGUAUAAAGUUGAUCGAGCCGUAUUAAACAUGAAUUCAAAGAUAUUUUUCAGAAGAAUUACUGGUGUUUCGAUGGGAACCUUUCUCACAAUCGACGGAUCUUCAGAUAUCCUGCUCCACUUUUUGCAAACAAGAGAGAUGGUUCUUCGAAUGAGAUGAAACGAAAUAAAACUAAAAAUGCGUAAAAUCACGUCUUUGGGAAGCUGAUCAGAGCUGAUUAAACAACAUCGUCCAAAAGUUAAAAACAAAACACGAUGUGACUAGUGUUCUAGACACUGAGAAUUAGUGCACCGAACUCGGUGCACUAGUGCACCGAAUUCGGUGCACUUGGUGCACCGAGUUCGGUGCACUUUUCCACUAAAUUCGGUGCACUAGUGCACUGAAUUCGGUGCACUAGUGCACCGAAUUCGGUGCACCAGUGCACCGAAUUCGGUGCAGUGCACAGUGCACCGAAAUGGUGCACUUGGCCUAUGUAACGCUUUUGGGAAGCAACACCGUACACAUAGCCAGGUUUCGUACAGAGUCUUGAAUUCUUAAAAAAGUCUUGAAGUUUGUGCAGCUAUUUUCCAGACCUGGAAAAAGUCUUGAAGAGAUGAAAUCUGGAAAAAAUGAUAAAAAGUCUGGAGUUUUUUUCUUUUUUUUUUUUUUCAAAUCUACAACAAGUGCUUUAUAAGUGAAUUUUUUUUUCAAAUCUUAUUCAACCUCUUCCGUAUGUUUGCAGCGUACCACGAAAAAAGCUUUGUUCCUGCGUUUUAGGGUCGCUAUUGAACACCUGUUUGAUAACCUUGUUUCUGGAGAAAGAAAUUAUUGUUUUGAAAAAAGUUCUGGAAAAAGUCAAUUGCAUUUUGAAUCCAAAAAUCUGUGUGAACCCUGUAACCAGCUCUUCGCCUGACAUCUUUUUUUCGUUGUUUUUUUCUUUCUCAACCCACUAGUCCCUCAUGCUUGCAAAGAUGAUGGGUAUAGAGAAUAAGACGUUUUGCAAGAUUGUAUCGUUUUUAUUGCUGGUAUAAUAUGCAUCGCAUUUUCCUUUCAGUUGUACCAAGAGGGCCCUGCCGAAAUCGCACGAGCUGGAAUGACAUUUGAUGAAUUACAGAAACGGGCCGGUCAAGCCGAAAGAACCCGGGACGAGGCUUUGCGAAAGGUGGAUGGCCUGAAUUCCACGCUCAAGAAACUGGAAACAAGGUGAAUAUUAAACAACUAUCCUCCGAAGGGGAGGUGAAUAGUGGUGAGGGAUAUACCGAGACGCGAGGCGUCGAGGUAUAUAUCUAGCACUGUUCACCGACCCUGAGGGGGAUAUUUGUUUUAGUAUUUAUCAACUCAGUUGGAUAAAAAUGAAAAAAAGUGACUUUUUGUAAAUUAAAAACGUCACUUAGUUGUAACUUUAUUUACAAUUUACAAACAUUUUGGGAGAUUUUGUCAAGUGCAUUUUCACAUUUUUGUUGCAAAUUCAGCAUGACAAUAAUUUUCUACCUACCAGUAAACACCGACAAGCGAAAGUUCGUCGCUGUCUUGGUAUUUGUUGGUACGACUACUUCAGUUAUCGCCAAAAUUUCGUCUUUCGAAAAUGUCUUGUAAGGAGACGCCAUCUUGACGCCGGUCGCAAAACAGUGAAUAGCCGAGGAUAUUUCGAGCUACGGGAGCCAAUCAAAACGUGCGAAAAUUGUUGUUCACUGAUUUGGUAAAUAGUAAAUAAUGUUAUUAUUAUACGCAUUUACGUAUGAAUGGGCAGUCUACCUGUUAUCCAAUAACAUGACAAAAAUCCGGCCCAUUGAGUGGGAAAUCUUGCAUAUAAGAUAAAUUUGAUUCACGUAUAGAAAUGAAAACUCGGUUACACCUUGUGCAUAGUACAGUAAAAACCGGCGAGUAAGAACCCGCAUUUUCCCUAGGUAGCCGAAAAAGGUUCUCACAUGUGCUGCAUAUAUUAAGUGGUAUAUAAAUUAGCACAAAUCUAGGCUAUUAAGGUUCUUAAAUAGAUUCUUACUUUCUGAGGAAAAAAAAUACAUCGUAGCUAAGAGUUUUUAGUGGUAUUCAGCUAAUUCCUUGUAUAAAUUUUACACACCGGAUUAGUAUUUAUUGAUUGGUUCCAUUGUAGUUUUCAAAUGCACUAAGUGAAUGAGUGAUAAAAGGUAGCUCGCUAGCCUGCGUAGCAGGCGCUUGGAAGUAGUGGGCACAAGAAAAAACGGGCGCUCAAGAAGGAGACACGCGUGUCUCCCUCGCGCGCGCCAGUUCUCUCUUUCGCUCACUACUUCCAAGCGCCUGCUACGCAGGCUAGCAGCUCGCAUGCAUUUAUACCAGUCGUUCUCUCGCUUUUUUUCGACUAGGCAUGAACAAGAGAAAUCACAGGGUGCCUCCGAAAGUACUGAACUAAGAAGAAGAAUUAAACAACUGGAGGAAGAAAACGAAGAAAUGUCAGAUAAUAGACUUCAAUUAAUAGGUAUAAUACUUACUAAAUGAAGUCGGUUAACGUACUGUUUAACAGCUAACUUCUUGUAGAUAUCAGGGUUAGCAAUAACGGCUCAGGGCCUGUUUACAUGGAGGUGGGGGACCCCAGGUAGGUGAGGUAACCCGCUUAGGUAGAGUAACCCGCCUGUCCAUAUAAUCUCUCAUUUUAAUUUGAUCAUGUUUACAUGUUAGGUGGGCUGUCCCACCGCAUGUUACCUCACCUAUCUGGGUUCCCCUACCUCCAUGUAAACAGGCCCUUAGACUGCGGUUUUUACGGUUGGUCAGUUCUGUGCUAACGUAUUAAUUAGCGCCUUUACCCAUGCACAAAAUGCUCCGGAUCAUUUUACGUUUCUGUGAAACUGCCCACCUACCCCUCCCCUAAACCAACAUUAACACUUAGUUCUUACUUAGGGCAAAAUGUUGUCUCUGGGGAGGGGUAGGUGGGCAGUUUCACAUAAACGUAAAAUGAUCCGGAGCAUUUUUGUGUAUGCUCCUGUAGAGUGACAAAGAAGAUAUCAAACCAAAUAGGCCAUUUCCGAGUUCCCCCGGGCCUCUGUUUCAAAACGAGGGUAGGUGCUCAGCCUUUGAUAUGGAAAUCAUUUGUCAUUCUCAUGCAAAUAAAACUCAUUUUCACAAGAAAGGUUGUGCACCUAGCCUCAUUUUGAAAGUGAGGGUUUUUGGAACUCGGAAGUGGCUCAUUCACCAAGGAACACUAACCAUAACAAUGUUUUGGUGAUUUUUGCAGGUAUAUUAUUAAAACUUGAAAAAUUGGCCCUAUAGUUUCGAGUUUCAUUUCGUCUUGCAACAGACGUCAUGAAGCAGUUUCAGUGCCUGAAUGCAGUCUUCAAUAACAAAACUGACCAUUAUUUCUGGAAUUUAAUUGAUUCAAAAACACGUUUUAGCUUGUUAGCAUGAUAAUGUGACAUAGUCCCUUUUAGCGCUUGAUUAACGUUUUGAGGAUUUCUAAUAUUAUAACCUGGAACUAGGCUCCGUAGUGAGUUGAAAAGGCAAAAAACGGAGUGAAACAGCAAAAAAGGUGGACUGGGGAGGGGAAAGCGCGGUGUCACCCUUUCCCCUCUCAAGACUUACGCUCGGCUCGCUUCCCUUGCCGAUUUCUUUUUCGCCCUCGCCGAUUUUUGUCUCGCCUUUUUCCCCCACUGCAGAGCCUAAACCUUGUGAAUUGUGUCUUAACUUGCAGAUGAAAUAGACAAACAAAAACGUGAAAUUCUCUCCGCUAAACAAGCUAAAGAAACUGCUGAACAUCAUUGUGUCACAGAGGUAUUUUUUGCAAUCGUUUUGUGUUUUGUUUGCUCUUUCGAGUCCGUCUGUCUGUUGAGCUAGCUGGCUUUCUUCAUUUCUUUUGUUACCACCCCACCAAAAGGCCGGGUUGGCUGGGUGGACUUGUUAUUCCGAGGCCCUGAGUUCAAGUUCCGCCCUAACUGUAAAGUCUUUAUUAGGGAGCUUUAGCAUCGACGACGGCAACGGCAGCGAAAACGUCAGUUUUAAAAUGAAUUCCCAUUUUUCCAAUCUUUGUCGCGUUUAUUCCAAUUUGCUGAAAAUUGCAAGUGCAGGCGAAUUUCCCUGGAGUUGAUUUCUUUAGGACCGCACUCAAGUUUAGAGAGAGAAAAAGAGAUUCGUCGUCGCUUGUUUACGUCCUCCAUAAAAUUUGCAAUUAGGCAUUUUCACGUCGUAGUCGAGCAAGGACGGUGAAGAAAUGUACAAAAAAGCGUGAUGCACGUGCAAAGUUGUUGUUUUGCGUAAUAACCCUAUUGCUUUUUUGACGUCCUGGUUGCCGUCGCCGUCGUCCUUGCUAAAGCUCCCUAAUGGUUUGUGCGCAACGGGUGUGUUGUAAGGUUCGAGAAUAUGUUCACUUAUAUGUAUUACCAUCAUUUAGGUUGCAUCGCUAAAGCAGCAGCACGAGUUACGUGAAAGUGAAUUUGAUUCACGACUCCGAAACAUAGAGGAGAUGAACAGGCGGGCGGUGAACGAACUCAGAGAAAUGCUGACGGCGCAGCAGAAACUCGGAGCACAGUGAGUAAAAAUCACAUCCUGUUUUCAUCUGUUGGCUAUCGAAAUGCUCAAUAGAGGCGUCCUAAAAAUUAACGUUAAAAGUAAUGACGGGAUUGCUUUGUGUUUGCAGCAGUGCCGCUCGAUACUUUCUCGACCGAUCAAGGGGAAAGACAAAUUUUAUUCGUGCGUGCAAAAGUUCUUUACUUUGACUGAUUGGUUCAUUUAAAUAUUUUCAAUUGUGUGUGGCAAGUGAUCUCGUAAUUGCUUUGUUUUUCCAUUGCUAUAGUUUGUGAUUGGCUGAAAAAUCUCGUGUCACAUUCUCAGCCAAUCGGAAGGUAAAGCCAUAACCAAUCGUGACUUGCUCGCCUGUGUUUUCCCGCGCUUGUUCGCUUGGUACCUGUUACAUCUAGGCUACUUAACAUUUACAUGGGGAAACCGGAAAUUCCGGUUGGAAAACCAAAAAGUCGCUUAAUCCAUUAUUUUAGGAAGCUUCAAGAAAUUUGGCUGUGAUUUCAGGUGAUCCAAAUCUUUCUGCCGUUUUAGUGUCUUCAACUGAUUUGGAUCUACUUCUUGUCGUUCUGCCACAACAAAGUUUAAUUGUUAAAUGUCUUUGCACUAGAUUUCCAACCGGUUUCAAACCGGAUUCGCGUUAGUGGUGAAAACUCGGUUCCUGAAAGGCCCGAUAACGCUAAUCCAGGAUUUUAAUCCUCAAUUGUACGGCAAAGUCAAAUUCAAGUGACGAUUGUAUUUAAAAAUACUUGACAGAUUAGUUUUCAUCUCAAUACUCUGAUUGUAUGUGAUCGGCCUUGAAUUUCGUCGCUAAUAGUUCUCUAACUGGGGGCUAUUGGUAGAGCUAAGAUACUUUAUAAGCGGUAAUCUGGUCUUGUUGAUUAUAUUUAUUUGAUAAUUUCAAAAGGUUGACUGAUUUUCUGAUGAAAUAUUUAAGUUAUUUAAACUCACGAUGUUUUUAAAAUAAAAAGGAAAAAAAAACCAACGACGAGGAUGGGAUUCGAACCCACGCGUGCAGAGCACAUUGGAUUAGCAGUCCAACGCCUUAACCACUCGGCCACCUCGUCUCUUACAUUCCACCUGCUAUCUACAGCUUAUAAAUUACUGGUUUAGUGACAACUGACAGUGCUUAGUAAAUCCUUAAAAAUUCAGUUUUUGCUUUUUUUAACUGCUGAAUUUAAGCUUUUCAUCCAGAUAUUUUGUGCGUCUUUUGCCUGUAUGCUGUUUAUAACAAAUCUCAUGUUUCUCGCAAGUUGUACCUAAAUUCUCAUUACCUGUCGACUUCCGCGUCCCAUUUUUGGACUUUACGUGUCUUGAUAAAUAUCAUUGUGUGAUGAAUAAAAAUAAUACACUGUUAAUAAAAAUUAAAACAAGUUUAUUAUCUAACUUGUAAUACAGGUGGAAAGAGGAAUCCAAAGCGGUAACUCAUAAGUUUGAGCAAACGGUGAACGAACUAAGGUAAGUAAAUGUUUUGGGUCCGUUUACUUUUUUAAAAUCUUAGGCUUUUUUUAAGACUUAGUUUUCGCAAUUGCCCUUUUUCUCCCACGUAUUAUGAGAUGCUUGCUAAGUCGAUGAAAAUUUCCAAGGCAACCGAUCUGGUCGCACGGUUUUUUUAUUUUUAUUAUUGAAUCGCUUUCUGUCAGAACGUUGCGGAAACCUAUUUUCUUAACAUUUGCAGAUGCAAAGAUUAUAAAUCAUUUUUGAAAAAGGAAAGGUUUAGUUCAACCCUUUACUCCAAUCAUUCACAGAUUCAAAUUCAUUUUCAGGGUAUUCUAAGGCUUAGAUUCAACGUAAAAUAUUGGCCACGUGUAGAAAUUAGGGUGAAAUCAAAUACUUCACAUUUUCGUGCCUUCAUAUUUGAAAAAAUACCAUCUCCCUUAGGUUCUUAAAGCGAUCUUCCUUAAGGCCCGGUUCAGGCGCCGAACUUUUCAUGAGCCGAACCUAAUUCAAAUUAAGGCCUACCCGAAUUAUUUAGACCGGCUGAAUUGAUUCAGACACCGAUCAUGAUAUCAGCCGAACUAAAUUUGAAAAAAAAACGCUCUCUUCGUUAAACAUCUUGCAAAAUAUGUUAUAAUGAUAUAUGCGCAAGGUUCUGCAUAUGAAAAGUUCGGUGUCUGAAUCAAAGCCGUCCCAGAGUCGCUCAAAAGUUGAAAUUCCCGGCUGGGAUAGGGGUGAAGAACGGUUGAGCCGUUUCGAAUUGAAAUAGGCGUUGCUAAUUUAUUAAGACGCCGAACUUUUCAUAUUCAAUCUGUUCGGUUCGGCUCGUGAAAAGUUCGACGUGUGAACUGGGCCUAAGUUUCUCCUGGUUAAAUCAGCGCUGUAAUCAUAGGGAUCUGGAGAGUUGUAAAGAAAGAUCACCUUAAAUGUAAACUUGUGAUUUUAAAUCAGCCUUAUGGCUGGGCCAAUACAAUACAUACAAUACGCGCUAUGGGAGAGAGUGGAGGAGGCUUGGAACCAAGCGCGAUAGCGCGAGUCCUUCCAGGCGAAUUCUCCUGACUAAGAUUUAGUUUUGUGGACUUCUUUAGUCUGUAGUUAUCAGCAACUUCGCUGUUUUUACCUUACCAGACAAGAAAUUGGCAAGCAAAAACGAAGAAAUGAUGACCUUAACAGUCAGCUGAAUGAGGAACGAAUGAGGCGGCAAGAGGUACAAGUCGUGAAGUAUUUUAAAAUGCUUUUGUUUCAUGAAAUCAAGCCUUGUGAGAUUCUUAAUUGUGAACUAAACGACGGGAAAGUUACAUGAUGUCCAUUGGGUUUCCUUUGUUUUUUUCGGUAGCUGUUUAAUUUCAAUUGCUAUGUUUAUAAAUAUAAAAACCCGCAGUUCUAAAGCCGCUAAAAGGUGUAUUUGACUAAGCACUAGAGAUGUCUUCACUCUGUGCUUGCAUCGUUCAAUUACGCGUGUCAAUCAUCAUAGCAUACGCCCAAAGAAAAUACGGUUUCGCUGGCGUUUCACCAAACUCAAUUAGGUUCCCUGUACAUGUGCUUAUGCCUUGCCUGUAAACAUGGGAUGCCUUCUCUCACUUGCUGCAUCGCUCCUCUCAGAGUCUAGUACACCCUUUCUGUCUCCAAACAGUACAGGCUGUUCGCAUAAAGAGCCUUUCAAGCACUCCUGUAUUGAAGAGCCAGUCAUUUUCGCUGUCGAAGUACAAGGACAGAGUUGCUGCUCGAUUGCUAUAGCGAAUAAUGAAAUACUUUCUGAUUUCUGGCUUGAUCUCAAUAGCUGGAGUCCAGGCUCUCUGCGUCUAAGGUGUCCCAAGAAAAACUUCAAAGUAUGGUCGUUGACGCUGAAACCAGGGCAGAUGCUGCCAGCUCUCAGGUAAGUAAAUUAACUCCCAAAUUUUUAUCAUAGACAGUUAGACGCGGUGAAUGCGAAAAUCCAAUAUCUGCCAGACGAGGGAGAACGCGUGGAAAAGCCAUUAAGCUUUUAAGUAAUUGUCCAUUUAACAUCUACUAGGCAGGCAGAGUGAAAAAUCGAUUAAAAGGUUUAAACUUUUAAUCAUUAUUUUUCAAUUAAAUCGUGGGUUCUGAUUGGACCUAAAUCCAAAAUCGCCGAAAAAAAUUAAACAAACAAACAAAGAAAAUCCAGCAUAUCUAUGCGCCAAUCAAAAGUUAGAGAGAAAAAAGUGCCGCGCGAGCGACCUUGUUGAGACGCCAUCUUGGAUCCUCAAUUUCGAGCUGUUGAGGAGUUUUUCUUCUGCUUCUAUAAUCUUGUUAAUUUCUUUGUAAAAUCCACAAGUUUCAUUUUAUUUAAUACAAAUAUAUAUUGUUUAUGGCAAAUUGAGAGUAUUUAUGAAUUAUCGUCGGAGGGAUCGCCCAAAUACCCUUCAGCAAGGUUUGCUACUGUCCUCAACACGACGCGUGGGGAUUUGGACAAGAGGGCCCAAGGCAGUUGUUUUCGCUAUCGUACCAGGAAACGUUUCACGCGAUUUUCAAACUGAAGCAUUGUCAUUUUUAAUUGCCAGGUAACAACUCUCCUAAAUCGGGAGAGGCAACUUUUGCAGGAAAGAAAACUCGUUAACCGAGAGUUCGAACGACUUAAAUUAGAAAAAAGUCGACCUGGAUCUAACAGAAUUCGGGAGCCUCCUCAGCGACUCUCUGAUUUGCUGAGCACGCCAGGCGCAGGGGCAGUUAUGCAUGAGCCCGCAGUUCGAUUGGACCUCAUGUCUCCAAGAGAUGAUGGCGGUUAUUCACGAGAACUUGACGGAAUUGGUUCACGAACUAUUUUCAAUGGAUUAGCAAGAGACCGAGUCAUACUUUGACGUAAUGGAACGUGUUAGCUUAACCUUCGACCUUUCUAGCCCCUUAUCCAAACUUUGGACGGUGUAUUGUGGUGCCAACCUUGAAACGUGUGUGUGAAAAGGCAAUUCAUUUAUUCAAGUCAUUUUGCAUCAAGUACCAAAUGCUUAGUCAAGAUUUCGAUUUUGUUAUUGCUGUUUAACCCUCACUGGGAUUUAUUUACUUGAAAAAGAGAGGGAAAAUGAACUAAAUUCUGGUAGCUGUAGCAAAAUGACCGCGCUCGUAAAAACUCCCUCUUGCACAGAUUGGCCACACUAAGGAAAGGCACGGAGCAGUACCUUUAUGUGAGCUGUUUAACAUUCCUUCCUUUCUUGUGGUUCUGCCCGAUGUCAGUCGAAUGGACAUAUGGACAAUGGGGACAUUUUUGCCCCUCAUGAAAGUAGUUAUGUUUGUGUUUUUGAAGAGGAGCCACCUUAAUUAUGUGUGGACGGGUUGUACUGACAGCCAUACAAACAACCCCUAUCUGCUGAUUUAGCUGGGCUCCAGUUUUUGGGCUGAAAAUUUGGCGAGAAGUGAAUCCUUUGUGUGCACACAGCCUGCAUUACUGACAGCACAGCACAGGAA